AACGAAAGGAAACUUUGGAUUAAAUCAUUUACAACAUGUUCACUUAAACCACGAAGACAAAUAAUUUAUUCGGAAGGAAGUUUCUUUUAUGUUCCUACGAGCAAUCCUAUGCUUUUAACGAGUGGAAUUAGGAUAUAACAUUAUACGUAAUGGGUAGAACUGCAAGAAAACGUCAUCAAAAGAAGAAGCUAAAUAUUAAAGAAAUAGCAAAACGAGAAGAAAGUUUGAUGCGUCUAAAGUUUUGGUUAUUAUCAAAUAACUGUUUAUCAGUUUCUGAUCUAUUACCGUUUGAUUUUCCUAUUACUGGUAGAGGAUUGAAAAUAUCGAAAAAUAUUAAAGCCAAUGAUGUAUUGAUCAAAAUACCAUAUGAGAUAUUAAUAACAACAGCAACAGUAUCUCAAAGCAAUUGUUGCAGCGGAAGUGUAAUUGAUCGUGUACAGAAAAAAAAGAGUGUACUGCAAUCAAAAUCUAUUAUUCCUCCACUCAAGUUUCCGUUAACACUUUCUGGAUUAAUCGGAGGGAAAUCAAGCCAACAGAAAAGAGAUUGUUUUCAUCCUGGCGCUUCCAAUCUAAGUCAAGAAGGUAUCGAUUUCCAAGGCAAGGAACCCGUUACCUCUAGAAGUAUGAUUACAGCGAUGCUAAGAUAUAUUUGGCCAAAAGAUGAUCCAGAAAUAAGGAAAAGAGUUCAAAUGGCUGUUGGCUUACUCGUUGGUGCAAAAGUUUUAAAUGUCUGUGUUCCUUUUAUUUUCAAGUAUGCAGUAGAUAAUCUCAAUGCUCAAAGUAUAGCACUUAACGGUACUGAUAUUUUAAAUCUCGGAACUGCACCUGAAACAGUUGGAACGGUAGCAACAUCAUUACUUAUAGGAUAUGGUAUAGCGCGUGCAGGAGCAGCUGGUUUUAGCGAACUACGAAAUGCAGUAUUUGCACAAGUUGCACAGCAUUCUAUUCGAAGAAUAGCUAAUAAUGUUUUUCUACAUUUACAUUCAUUAGAUAUGGCUUUUCAUUUGUCUAGACAAACUGGAGCAUUAUCAAAGGUAAUUGACAGAGGAAGUCGGGGUAUAAAUUUUGUAUUAAAUGCUAUGGUAUUUAAUAUUGUACCUACUAUCUUCGAGUUAGCACUGGUCAGUACGAUAUUACAUGUAAAGUACGGUCCAGAAUAUGCGGGCGUUGCGUUGGGUUGCGUUGGAAUUUAUGCCAUAUUUACAUUAGCUGUUACACAAUGGCGAACGAAAUUCAGAAUGUUUAUGAAUCAAGCAGAGAACGAAGCAAGCAAUAAAGCAAUAGAUUCACUUAUCAAUUAUGAAACAGUAAAGUAUUUUAAUAAUGAAAAAUUUGAAGCGCAAAGAUACGAUGAAUCGUUGAAAAAAUACGAAGCUGCAUCGCUUAAAACAAGUACAAGUUUAGCAAUGUUAAACUUUGGGCAAAAUGCUAUAUUUAGUGCUGCUCUGAGUUUAAUAAUGGUAUUAGCAUCGAAGAAUAUUUUAAAUGGUACUAUGACAGUCGGAGAUUUAGUAAUGGUCAACGCACUUCUGUUUCAAUUAUCAGUUCCUUUAGGAUUCUUGGGUUCGGUAUAUCGUGAAGUAAGACAAGCUCUUAUUGACAUGCAAACUAUGUUUACUUUGAUGACAAUGGACACAGCUAUUAAGUCUAAAGAGAACGCGAUGCAGUUUCAUAUAAGUUCGGCGAAUUCAAACAUCGAGUUCAACAAUGUUAAUUUUCAAUAUUGCGAAGGCAAGCCUAUUUUUAAAGAUAUCACUUUUACCAUUCCAAGUGGCAAAAAAAUUGCUAUUGUUGGAGGAUCCGGCAGCGGUAAAACAACAAUAGUAAGAUUAUUAUACCGAUUCUUUGAACCACAAUCUGGAUGUGUUUUAAUCAAUGGGCACGAUAUACAAGAUAUAGAGUUAAAUACUUUAAGACAAUCAAUAGCGAUAGUGCCUCAGGACACCGUUCUCUUUCAUGAAAGUAUCUUUUAUAACAUUCAUUAUGGAAAUUUGUCGAAAUCGAAAGAAGACGUUUACGAGGCUGCUAAAAUGGCAAACUUACACGAUUCCAUUCUCAGAUGGCCAAAAGGAUAUAAUACACCUGUUGGAGAACGUGGCUUGAAAUUAAGCGGAGGUGAAAAACAACGGGUAGCAAUUGCUAGAGCGAUUUUAAAAAAUAGUCCAAUAUUAAUAUUUGACGAAGCCACAUCGUCUCUAGAUUCUAUUACAGAACACAAUAUUCUUGAAGCAUUACGCCGAGCAACUUCCGGGCGAACAUCCAUAGUUAUAGCACAUCGUUUAUCUACUGUUAUGGAUUCUGAUGAAAUUUUAGUAUUAAAUAAUGGUGUUUUAAUAGAAAGAGGAACACAUGAUUGCUUAGUCGCAAUGCCAGACUCAUUUUACAAUAAAUUAUGGAAAACACAAAACAUCGGUAUGCAUAAAUCUAAUCAAGGGAAAAAUAAUAGUAAUAGAACACCAGGAGUUUGAGUCAAAAGAUUGUAUAAAAUAAAGGAUAUCACCUUGGUAACCGCUUAAAAACAACUAUGGAUGUUGAUUGGUCUUCAAUAAGCUUUUGACAAUCCUACAAUAAUUUAUUCUUCUAAAGAUAUAUUAUAUAGA